AACAAAUAUAUAUACACACAGAUAUACGCAUACACACAUAUGUAUAUUCUCUAAAAUGACUAAAAACGAAGAAUACACACUCUUUCUAUAAAGCCUCCCAGAUUGAAAUUCAAUGAUCUUUUAAACCAAUAUCUUCAUAUCAAUCUUUAAUGGAUCUUUGAAACACCUUAUUCAUUUCAAUUCUUGUUGUUCUCAACCUCCUUGUUUAUUAUUCUCCGGCCAUACGCUUAAAACUGUUAAUUCUUGGAGUAUAAAUAUUUUUAUAUGGCCCUGACUGCUUAUUUUCGCUUAUCUGGCGAUGCCUUUACUGGCUCCAUUCAUUGAACUGUAGUCGCAUGUAUGUUUAUCUCAGCAGAAUCUGUUUAUCAACAAGCUCCGUACUUUCUACACCAGAUCUACAGUUGCUAUUUCACAUUCUUCUGGCUUGUUUUCGUGCUACUGUUGUUUAAUUAUCUAUCAUCAUUAUUACUAAUAAUCCCUCUAUCUUGUUUCUAUCCCCCAUUACGCAUUUACCCCACCCCUUCGUUCUAUAGAAUUUCACUCUAAUAUGAUUCCUCUUCUUGAAGUGGUUGACUAAAUGUAUAAUUAGCGUUAAACACACUACACGAGGUCUUUCUUCGCCAAUUAGUGUUUUCCCUCUCUAAUGCUCAACCACAGAACACAUGCUGGGUCCGCCUAUUUCUCGUUUCCUUACAGACUUCAUUGAGGCGAUUUUAACCCCUAUUUAAUUAAACAACAGUUUGGUUGUAACUGUGAUGGAACCAGAAUUAUUUUUACGAAGACUUGUUGCAAUGGAUCUCUUAUAAAUUUACAAAUUCUUUAAAAAAAAUCAAACCCACAAACUGAAACACUAAACCUGAAAAUUCUUAGGCGUUGAGGACCUUACCGUUGGCCCUUCGUCACCCAUUCCGAAUGUGGGGCGAAAAGAACUUAUUGUUGCUGUUAAAUUCUUACCUUUAACGUUUUAUAUACCGUUAACUCUUCGUCAUAAUAUUUUUCUAAUUCUUUUCGUAUCUGAUUUUCGCCUGAAUACAUUGUUUAACGGUUGUUGUUUUAAAAGUUAUUUUUAAAGAUAAUAUUUGUCUUCCAUCGUUGCAAAAUAUUGUUGCAAUUUAAAUCGACUUAAUUACAGUUCUGUGAUAAUUUUUAUAAACUAUAAAUUCCUCGUUGUUUAGUCAGCGAGUCGAAUGGCACCAAUUAAAACCCAAUAACCGAACCCUGUGACAAUUUGAAAACAAACGGAUCUCAAAAUUAUUUAACACAUUUCUUUUUCCCUACAGGUCUUUCUGGUGUGGGUAGUGUUCAGUAAAAACCCACACGUUUAGAUGGUGUAUAAAGAUUUCAAAUAUAUAUAUAUAUACAUACAUAUACCUCUGUAUGUAUCCCCAUCCCUUAAAUAACUUGCAAACGAGUCUUUAAGUUCGUGCAGAAAAAUUUUUUAAAAAGCCCUCAACAAGGGAAAAAUUUUCUUGUUUCCUCGUUUCGCACAUCUCACAGGUGCCUCUACAAAUCUCUGUUUCCCUCUAUCGCUAUCCUGUAAAGUACUUCUCCAUCAGGUGCGCCUCGUUUGGUUUUAUAGACUGACUGUCCGUGGUGGGAGCUAGAUGGCUGAAGUGACCAGUCCCCUUUCACCCAACAGAAGUCACGGCCACGAAUCUGUUGGCAAGCGCUGUUCGGAUCGUCUCCAACAAUCCGGAUUUGAAGGUUUUACCAUGGCUGACUACCUCAUUACUGGUGGGAUAGGUUAUGUGCCCGAUGAUGGACUUACAGGAGCUCAGCUUUUUGGCAAUGGAGAUGGACUGACCUACAAUGACUUUUUAAUUCUUCCAGGUUUUAUAGAUUUCUCAGCAGAUGCAGUGGAAUUAAAUUCUGCUCUGACCAAGAAGAUCACGCUGAAGGCACCUUUAGUGUCGUCACCAAUGGAUACUGUCACCGAAUCUCAAAUGGCAAUUGCUAUGGCGCUGUGUGGUGGUGUAGGUGUGAUACAUCAUAACUGUACACCACAAUUCCAGGCAAACGAAGUGCGUAAAGUUAAGAAAUACGAGCAAGGUUUCAUUCUUGAUCCAGUUGUGAUGUCACCUCAGCAUACAGUACGAGAUGUUGUGGAAGCAAAAAAGAAAUUUGGUUUCUCAGGUAUUCCAAUCACUGAGAAUGGUAGCAUGGGGCAGAAACUGGUUGGUUUGGUCACACAGAGAGACAUAGAUUUCUUAACGCCUGAUGAAUAUCAUACAAAACUUCAAGAUGUGAUGACCAGAUAUGAAGACCUUGUUGUUGCCUUUGAGGGACUCACUCUGAAAGAAGCCAACCAAAUUCUACAGAAGAGCAAAAAAGGUAAAUUACCAAUUUUGAAUAAAGAAUCUGAGCUGGUUGCAUUGAUAGCACGUACAGACACAAAGAAGAACCGAGAAUUUCCACUUGCUUCUAAAGAUGACAAGAAACAGCUUCUUGUAGGUGCUGCAAUUAGUACACAGGACAGUGACUACCCUAGACUGGAGCAACUUGUCCAAGCCGGAGUAGAUUUUGUUGUUUUGGAUUCUUCCCAGGGCAAUUCCAUUUUCCAAAUUAAUAUGAUCCGGGCCAUCAAACAAAAGCAUCCAGAACUACAAGUUGUUGGUGGAAAUGUGGUGACAGCUGCCCAGGCUAAAAACCUUAUUGAUGCUGGAGUAGAUUCUUUACGUGUUGGUAUGGGAAGUGGUUCCAUUUGCAUUACGCAGGAAGUGAUGGCUGUUGGUCGUCCUCAAGGGACAGCUGUAUAUAAAGUUGCUGAAUACGCUCGACGCUUUGGUAUACCUGUGAUUGCAGAUGGUGGGAUUUCCACGGUUGGCCAUUGUAUAAAGGCUUUAUCAUUAGGGGCAUCCACUGUAAUGAUGGGGUCAUUACUUGCUGGUACCAGUGAGGCCCCUGGAGAAUACUUUUUUGCCGAUGGAGUUCGUUUAAAGAAAUACAGAGGCAUGGGAUCACUCGAUGCCAUGGAGAAACACAAAAGUAGCCAGAGCAGAUAUUUUAGUGAAAGUGAUAAACUCAAGGUGGCCCAGGGGGUUUCCGGUUCAAUCGUCGAUAAAGGCUCCAUUCAUAAGUUUGUACCAUAUUUAAUAUCUGGUGUGCAGCAUGGUUGUCAAGACAUUGGUGCUAAAAGUCUUUCUGCAUUGAGAUCCAUGAUGUAUUCCGGUGAACUUAAAUUUGAACGUCGGACGUCUGCUGCUCAAGUUGAGGGAGGUGUACACGGCUUGCAUUCUUGUGUGCAUGGUGUGGACCAACAUGUCCCUAUGUUACAUGUGGAGUCGAUGAUGACGUGAACAACAAACUGUUUGCUAUGAAAAACGGUUAUUUUAGAACCCAGAUGAAAUUGCAAUCUGCUCAAGUACGAAUCAUCAUCAUCAUCAUGUUUCCAUUAGUAUUUGGUUCCGCACCGUUUGUCACCAAUUCAAAAUCAGUGGUAUGGAUAUAUAUACUACAACCGUUGACCAUUAACUCUAACAAGACUUUCGGUUUUGUAUUGACUGCAUCGUUUGGAACGUUCCGCAGUUGGCUCACUAAACCUGCUUUUUCCACAUCAAACCUCCAUGCUCAACUCGUAUCCAUAUUUUAAAAAUGAAAUAAAAAUGUUUAAAAAAUAAAAAUCAAUUUUUAAUAUUUUUCCCUAGAAUUUCAACUUAUUUAGCUACAAAUAAAAAAAAAAACAACAGGAAUUAAAAGAAAUUCCUCUCUUUGUAAUUGUACAAAAAUCUUGUAAAUAAAUAAAUAUAUAUAUUUUGAAUUCAGACCCUUGUGUACUCUGGACGGUAUAUUUUAGGGCCUUAAAUGGUUGUGGGGUUAGCGAGGGGAAGAUAUUGUUGAGUCCUUGCUAUUGAAUGUAGACUGAUUGAAAAGAGGUUUAGUGAUUCGUUUUUGAACUUUUUCCUUUCUACACCCAAUGGUGGCAAUAACUUAGGGGACUGCAAUACCACAAAAUCUACAACCAAUUUUGACUAAUAUUUUGCCAAAGAUGGCACGAUGUAAAUGAUUUGUGAAACAACAGAACCAAUAUUAAAUGGAAAAGAUGGGUCCCCAUAUAUAAUAAAUGAUGGCUAUGAUCUUGUUCAUGUUAUUUUAGUAGCAAAAACUUAGUUGCUCUUUUAGUUUCUGUUAGCAACGAUGUUUUUUAGUCUUGUCUUUUAGAAUUUGCCAUGUUUAUGGAAGAUAAGGAAUGGUGUAAUCAGUGACGAAUGACAUCCUAAGGGGGGUGAACUGGCAGAAUUGUUGGAGGAAUUGCACUGAAUGCUAUGCAGUAUUUGUUUCAGAUUUCUGUACUGCAGGUUCAAAUCCCACCAAAGUGUCCUUUGCAUUUCAACUGGAGGGAGAGAUGAGAAAAAAAGGAUAGGUACCUGUGAGAAUGUAGGACCAGGUGCCGUGUGGUUUUUUAUGUUCAGGCUCUGGUCUGAAUACUAAUCUAUGGGUGUUCCCACCCUAUCACCACUUGGCACCUUGGUUGUUUUUUUUUUUUUCUCUCUCAGGGUCCACUUUAGCAAAUCUUUGGGCCACAUAUCCCUAGUUUAGAGGCUACCUCUCUCUCUCCUACCAGUUCCAGAAACCCUGCAAAAGGUCAUGGACACUGCCUAGUCCCUUGACAAGAAAAACAUUGAAUCCAUAUUCCCGGUUUUACACCAGUUCUUACAACAAUGACAUGGCUUAGUCAGCCUCUUCCGCAAAUAACUUUUCUUAUUCUAAGUGUUUAGUUAUUUUUAUUCUCUUAGUUCUAGCUGAAACUAGUGUCAGCCAAACAGCACGGUGACCAGUAGCCAUAAUUUAAUCUCAUUACAUAUUGAUGUGUCUUCUUGUCCCCACUUCUCUGAGCUACCCAGUUCUAGUCCACCCCUAACACUUGUUCCUUUCCUCCAAGUUACCCCGGUUGUUUAGUUCACCUCUAUCCACAUCCUAUUCAUAUCAUAAACAAUAAACCGAUCUACUGACGAGUAGAUGUGUCUCUUCGGAAUCUCGACAUUCUGUUGUGAGUGCCAAACUUAUUAAAAAUGGUUGUCAUAAUCAUCACCAUCAUGAUCAUCAUCAUCAU